AACCCAUCCCCACACGCGCUUCUUCUCUGCUUAAUCAUUUCAUGUCAACACGAGCUUCCGCUCUUCUUCACUUUUCACAUACACUUUAACUUUUCCUUUUAAAAUUUCAAACUCAAAUUUUCUCUCAUUUUCCACUAAUUUUUUCCCGAGAAAAUUUCUUCAACAAAAAGAAGCAAAAAGCAUCAGAAUCAUUGCUGAAACAAGAAAUUCAUUCAGAAUUUCGUUAUCCAUGCCGCGAUCAAGUUCAGGAAUUCAUCACCAGCGUCAAAACUCUGAUAAUUUCAUCCUUGACGCAAAUUAUCAUGGAAGAUGGUUUCAUCCUUCAUCUUUUGCGCAGGAAUAUGGAACUCGAUCUUCGAGUUUGAGGAAGAAUGACGAUGAUCGUUUGUUUACUAGUGGAUUGCUUGACUUGCAUUCGUUUGAUACUGAGCUUUUACCAGAGGGACAGUAUUUUGAUGACUCUGAGCCGAUUUUCCCGGGGAACAAACCCGCGUCAAGGUCUCGGGGCUUGCAUGAGAGCAAUGUUCUUAGAAGUUUAUCAGCCGAUAAGGAGAGAGCAAACAAUGUUGCUAAGAUCAAAGUUGCGGUUAGAAAGAGACCACUAAAUAAAAAGGAAAUAGCGAAGAAAGAGGAAGAUAUUAUUACCAUAGAUUCAAAUUUUCUCACAGUUCAUGAAAGAAAACUCAAGGUUGACUUGACAGAAUACGUCGAGAAACAUGAGUUCUUUUUUGAUGCCGUGCUAGAUGAAGAUGUUUCAAAUGAUGAAGUGUAUGCUGAGACUGUGGAGCCCAUAGUUCCAUUGAUAUUCCAAAAAACAAAAGCAACUUGCUUUGCAUAUGGCCAAACUGGGAGUGGGAAGACGUAUACUAUGCAACCAUUGCCUCUCAAAGCAUCCCAAGAUAUUUUAAGAUUAAUGUACCGCACAUACCAGAGCCAAGGUUUCCAAUUAUACGUUAGUUUUUUCGAAAUAUAUGGGGGAAAACUGUUUGAUCUCCUCAAUGAUAGAAAAAAACUUUUCAUGAGGGAGGAUGGUAAACAGCAGGUUUGCAUUGUUGGCUUGCAAGAAUACAGAGUUUUUGAAGUUGAAACGAUCAAACAAUUUAUUGAGAAAGGAAAUGCUACAAGAAGUACUGGUACAACCGGUGCAAAUGAGGAAUCGUCUCGAUCUCAUGCUAUACUUCAACUUGUUAUCAAGAGAUCAGCUGAUGGGUCUGAAUCAAAGCCAGCUCGAGUUAUAGGCAAACUAUCUUUCAUAGAUUUGGCUGGAAGUGAACGCGGUGCAGAUACUACUGAUAAUGAUAAGCAGACCAGGAUCGAAGGUGCUGAAAUUAAUAAAAGCUUACUUGCACUGAAAGAAUGCAUUAGAGCCCUAGACAAUGACCAAGGGCAUAUCCCUUUCAGAGGAAGUAAAUUGACAGAAGUUCUGCGAGACUCUUUCGUUGGUGAUUCACGGACUGUAAUGAUAUCUUGCAUUUCUCCAAGCUCAGGUUCAUGUGAGCAUACUCUCAACACAUUGAGAUAUGCUGACAGGGUAAAGAGCCUUUCAAAGGGUAAUAGCUCCAGAAGGGAUCCCCUUUCUUCAUCAAACCUUAGAGAGUCAACUGUAUUACCGGUUUUACCAAAUGAUAAUACCUUUGAGGAUGAAAUAACAUAUGCUUCCAGUGAGAGGAAUCAAUUUGGAUGGUCUAAACAGCCUGAAAGAGAACCCUCACUUCCAACUAAUGUGGACCGUGUUGGAAGUGGUAGGAUGGAGGGGAAUUUGGCACCAUCUUUGUACUCUGACCAACAAAGGAGUCAACGGGGUAUUCAAAAUGACAGAGCUGAAAAGGAAAAUGAAUACCUAGCACCAACAUAUGUGAAAGACAGAACAAGAAAAGCGAGCAAGAGGGUGGAUAACAACCAGUUAUCUGCUGUGGAAGACAAAAAGAAGAUAGGAUCUCGUGCUAAACAUGUUAAUCUACCACAUGUUGAGAAUACACAUUCUGAUCCUGAUGAUGAUUUUAAUGCUCUUCUGAAGGAUGAGGAAGAUCUUAUAACUGCCCACCGUAGACAAGUGGAGGAAACAGUAGAUAUUGUUAGGGAGGAGAUGAAUUUACUCUUUGAAGCCGACCAACCAGGAAAUCAAUUGGAUGAUUAUAUUUCCAAAUUGAAUACCAUUUUAACUCAAAAGGCUGCAGGAAUAUUUCAAUUGCAGGCGCAGUUGGCUCAAUUCCAGAAACGUUUAAAUGAGUACAACGUUUUCUCAUUUUCUGGUGACUGAUUGUGCUUAUAAGAAAAUAGUUUGAUCUGUUGUAAGUUUGAAUUUUCUGUGCUCCAGAUAUUGCUGCUAAGAUUUCAUUGGCGUGGAUCGGUGUGUACAUAAAGAAUGUUGAUAAGAUCACUGGUUUUUGGAGUCCAGAAAUAAGAUUUGACCCUUCCUUUGUUUUACAUUUUGAACUAUAUACAAAAUGUAUGGCCACAUGCUUGUUUGGCAUAACAUGUGGAGUGCUGUGUGUACAUUACUUACACAGUCAAAUUACCCUGUUGGGUUGUUGCUUGUAUUUUGCAACGACAUAGAAUCUUCAUGUCACAUUUUUCUGUUGUAUACAAGCUUCCUUGAUGCACUUUGAUUA